AUGAUAUCCGGCGCGGCCCUGAGCGAGCUCGCCGCAGACGAGCUCUGCAUCGGAGCGCUCCAGUACAGCGACGACAGCAGCGAUGGCGAGUCUAUUGGCGAAACACCUUCUGUGGACGGCGGUGCCGCGCUGGAUGACGUGGCCACGACCAGCCCUCUGCCUGCGUCCCAGAGUCCGCCACCAUCCACGCCGCCAAAGCUGCCGCCAGGGCCGGCGCCGACACCGGCCCCACCCGUCUGCGUCUGCCGCGCCGCCUCCGACCCUACGUACGAGGUGACGCGCUGGCACUGGUCCACCCUCUCCGUGGCUGCCUUUCGCGCCCACUGCGCCGCAUCGCGCUGUCCGCUCAUCAUUACAGGCCUCGGCCCGCACCUGGCGCCCAGAGGCCUCUCCCUCGAGCGGCUGCGCGCCCUGCUUCCGGCGGACAUGGCGGUGCCCGUGCGGGGCCACGGCACGAUGAGCGCGGCCUCCUUCUUCGGCCGCCUCGACGCCGGCGAAGCUCUUUACCUCGCGGACGUGCCUCUGGCCAUUCACUUCCCGUGGCUGUUUGACGAGGUGGCGGUGCCCGCCUACUUUCUGCACGACUUUGCGCACCGCACGCGGCGCCGGCUCUCGAUCAUGCAUGACACGCCCUCGCUCUUUGUCGGCGGCGCCGGCACCACCUCUGCUCUGCACGUCGACCAGAUGUGCUCCAACUUUUGGAUGUACCUCGGCGAGGGCGCCAAGCGGUGGAUCACCUUCCACCCGGACGACGCGCUGCUCCUCUCGCCCACUUGGGACGCGCCCGAGCAGAUCCAUCGCUUCGCACCGCUCGCGCAGCUCGAGAGCGACGCGCAGAGCGCCGCGUCGCUGCGGCAGGCGCGGCGGCUCGAGUUUGAGCUGCGCGCCGGCGAGGUGCUCUACAUCCCGCACAACACGCCCCACGAGGUGACCAACCUCGCCGCCACCUGCGCCGUCUCGGCAAACUACCUCGACCAGACCAACCCUUCGCGCGAGCCCGGCAGUGCGCGACACGCCAAUCUGCGCGCCAUGCUGGACGCGUUGGGCGAGGUGGAGUGGCCCGCCCUCGCCGACGACCUCGGCGCGCACGGCGGCGGCGGCAACGGCGACGACGAGGCCUAUGCGAGCGGCGCCACGCCGCCCGUGGGGCGUUUCGCUGCGCAUGAGCGGUUGAGGCACAGCCGGCCCGUGACCAUCUGUGCGCCUUUGUGAGCCAGAGACCGAGAGAGUCAGAUCGUGUGACAAUCCUGCGCUCCGGCCUGCUGUGUAGUGGUUGUGGGACCCCCUCCUUCAUCUAGGGCAUGAAUUCGUAGUGGCGGGCGGGUGAGGCUCGGAACACAUGUUUCCUCGCGCACCCCCUCUCUUUUCGUUCUCUUGUCACUGUGU